AUGUUGAAUAAAAUCCAUUCAACACUGACAAACAACAGCAAUGAUAACAAUCAAGAGACCAUAACGGCCAAUGAUGAUCAACAGGCCUUUCAGGAUUGUCUGCCUUGUAAGAUCACUGGUGCAUUAGGCUUUGGAGGUUUAGGGGCCUAUGCUUUGCGAGAAGCAUCUGUUGUAAAUAAGCUACCAGGCAGAGCAAAGACGGCAGUUGGGCUGGGAGUAACGGGUGUUGUGUUCGUAUCAGCAGGCCUCUACAGACUUGCCAUGUAG